UGUGUGUGUGUCUGCGUGUUUUCUGGUUUUAUGAUUUCGUCCAAUAAUAAUCAAACAACAACAAAAAUUAAUCCAUCCAAUACGAAUGGAAUUUUGGAUCCUGAAGAAUAAUCAUGGCAUCAACAACAACAACAACAACUGCUUCACGUCGUUCAACGACAACACCUGGAACACAAUCGAUUCAUAUUGCUAAUGAACAACAGAAACAACAACAACAACAACAACAACAACAUCGAAUCAAUAGCAGAAUGAAUGCUGGAUUAUCAAUUCCACGUUCACGUCAUCAUCAUUAUCGUUAUCGUCGUACAACAUUAACAUUUGUCGAUGUACUUAUACAACGUUAUGGUGUCGAUGAUGUUGUUGGACAAUUUGAUGAUUGUCCAUUCGAAGUAUUUGUUUUAGGCGGUAUUUCACCACGAAAAUCUGAAAGUGCAUUAUUAUUACCACCGGCAUUAUCAUUGAAUCAAUGUUGUGUUAAAAAUGCUGGUCCUGAACCAAAAAUUCGUGAAUUAUGUCAUAAUGUUGAAGAAUUGGAUCUGGCAUCGAAUAAUAUAAUCGACAUUGAUGAAGUUUAUAAAAUUGUACGUGCAAUGCCUAAUUUACGUUUCAUAAAUCUAAGUGAAAAUGAUCUCUCCAAAUGUAAUCGUUAUUCAUCAAAAUUUAUUGGUUCAUCAAUAAAUCGACAGAAAUUGGAAAAAAUUAAAUCACUAGUAUUGAAUAAUACACAUAUACCAUGGAGUGGUGUGGAAUUAUUGUUGAAUAUAAUGCCAUCAAUUGUGGAUCUACAUCUUAGUCUUAAUAAUUAUGAAUCAAUACAAUUGAAUGCAAAAAAAAGUUAUCCAAACAUAAAAUUCAUGUAUUUAAGUGGAAAUCCUAAACUUUGUAAUUGGAAUGAUAUCAAAUUAUUGAUGAAAACAUUUCCAAAACUUGAAGGUCUUACAAUGGCCGAUUGUAAUAUUGUAUCAAUACCGGAACAUGUAUUGAUACAUUUGAAAAAUUUAGUCAGCUUAAAUAUCUCAAAUUGGCCAAUCAAUGAAUGGUCAUCGAUUGAUCGUUUAAAUCAAUUACCUAAAUUGAUCAAGCUACGUUGUCAAGGUUUGAAUGUAUUGAAUAAAUUGGACACACCGGAUGAACGUCGUCAACAUCUUAUUGCCCGUUUACCACGUGUUACACGUCUUAAUGGUAGUGAUAUUUCGGAUGAUGAACGUGUUUUUGCUGAACGAGCUUUUAUACGAUGGUUCAUUUCGAAUACAGAUGAAUUGAAACCACCAAGAUUCUAUGAACUACAAAAUAUACACGGACGUGUUGAACCAUUGGCCGAAGUGAAUCUAUCGCCACCUAAAUAUGCAAAUGUACGUGUUAUAUUCAACGAUCUGACUGAUGAACAAUUGGAAAAUGAUCAAUUGAGCUAUGAAUCAUUAGUACGACAAUGUAAAGAUUCACGUUCAUUUAAAGUGGAUCUGAAUAAAUCUGUUAGAAAUUUUAAAGUGCAAUUAAGCUCAUUAUAUGACGUAAUAGCAUCAAAUAUUCGUGUAUUCUAUAUUGAUACUGAAAUGUCAGAAUUAUUGGGCAUAUUACAUAUUGAAGAGUUGCGUUUUGCACAAAAAAAACUUUAUACAUACAAUGUACAGGAUGGUGAUGAAUUUCUUAUUGAAAUGAAAUAGAAAAACAACAACAACGACAGCAACAAUUUCGAUUCAUCCGAUCAUUUAAACAAAAUGAAAAAGAAUUGAUUAAAUUUGAUUUCCGGUGUUGGUUUAUGUUUGUCUGUGUUAAAUAACCUAAAUUCAUGAUGAUAUAAUCGCGUUUUUUUGUGUGUGUGUGUGUGUGUUUUGUAAACAAUUUAUCGAUACGAAUAAAU